AUGGGAAAGAAUUUCGACGAAUCCACUCUUCUGAAAUCGCUUGAAGGCGUUUCCGACGCGGAGAAAGUUCAGAAAUUGAUCAAAAAGCUGGCGGAAUCGGAGAAAUUGAAUGGAGAGUUGAAGGCCAAGUUGAUUGAUCAUGAUAAAGUGGUGAAAGUCAAGGAUUUGCUGGAGAAAAAGUUGGAGAGGAAUAAUCAGAUUCUUCUGCGCACGGAAGAGGCGAAAAGUAAAUUGGAAGAGCUAUGCAGAGGACUUCAGAAGGCCAAUCAACAGACGCGCGACGAAUCGAUAGCGAAAAUGAAGAAACUGGAAUUAGAGAGAGCUCAAGCGGUGGAACAACUGAAAAUCACUCUGAAAGAUAUCGAGAGAACAAUGAACGAGGGUCGACAGAAAUCGGAUUCUUUGGCUGAAGAUAACAAGAAAUUGAGUGAGAAAUUCACUGAAAUCGGGCAACAAUACGAGGAGAGAAUGAAUGUGAUCGAUGAGCAGAUGAGAAAGAAAGAGAAAUAUUAUGAAGAGUUUGGAAAGGCAAAAGAUUUGGAAAUCAAACUUCUUCAGGCGAAACUCGAUGCCUCGUCGAUUCAAGUGCGUAAAGCUGGAAUGGAGAAAGACGAGCUGGCGAAGAUUGUACUGGAAGAGACGGCCCGUGUCGGCGGUGCAUUGCAAACGGAGAAGGCGUUGAGGGAUCAAGUGAUGGAAUACUCAUCGAAAUACUCGGAAUUGACGAGUUGUCUGGCGAAAAGUAAUGAGGCAUUCGACAAGUUUAAGAAGGAAAUCGAUAGAGUCAACACGAAAUGUUCACAGAUUGAGAAGGAGGGAAGCUUGUUCAAAAAGAAGUGCGAGCAGGCGAAUCAAAAAGUGCUCGUUCUCACGAUGACAAACCAAGAAUACGCCGAGAAGAUCGCCUCAUCCGAGAAGAAAAUUCAAAUGCUCGAGAACUUGUGUCGUGCUCUCCGUAAGGGAGAAGCCGCCUCGCCAGCUCCAGAAGCCACUGUGACGUCAUCCGAGAAGACAAACUGA